CUAGCAACCGGUUGCCUUUGGUAGUCACGGGCAGCCGCAGUUUGUAAAUCGGUUUGUUUAUUUGGCCCCUUUCGCUUUUUCAUCGAUGAAAAAGUCUGUCGGAUUAAAGGAAUUUUAAGAAAGUUACUCGGGGUGUGUUCCGUAAUUUGCGGUCAAGUUUUUCUCAAAAUGACCGAACGAAGCAUUGAGCUGCAGACAACUUUGGUGCGGUAUAACAAUCCGGUGCUGGUAGUCAAACAUGUCGAAAAAAAGGAAGGUCCAGUGGAUGUGGCUAAGGAACAGACGGGUCGUCCUGGAUCGGGAGGGGCCGUCAUAGUGGACAGUCCUCGUGAGACAGAAGAAAUUUUGAACUGUAUCUUGCCUCCGAAAACUUGGGAAGAGGAUGGGCAGCUGUGGACACAAACUGUGUCCAGCACACCUGCCACACGACAGGAUGUGAUCAAUUUACAGGAAAUGCUGGACACCAGACUGCAACAAACACAAGCUCGUGAAACUGGAAUUUGCCCUGUCCGAAGGGAGCUUUACACUCAGUGCUUCGACGAACUGAUCCGACAAGUGACGAUCAGUUGUACCGAGCGUGGUCUAUUGCUGCUCAGAGUAAGGGAUGAAAUCGCCAUGUCCAUGGAAGCAUAUGAAACUCUUUACUGCAGCUCUGUCUCGUUUGGAAUACGGAAGGCUCUGCAAGCGCAGGAGGGCAAGGAAAAACUACAGGAAAGGAUUCUUCUCUUGGAGAAAGAAAAAGAAAGUUUGGAAAGCUCGAUCAGCGACAUGAGAAUAAAGGCAGACCAAGCCGAAAGAAGAAAUGAAGAGUUGAGGGCGUCCGAGGAGAAAAAGCACGCCGAAGAGAUUGCAUUCUUGAAGAAGACGAACUCUCAGUUGAAGGCACAAUUGGAAGGAAUUAUUGCUCCCAAGAAGUGAAUUGGAUCCUGAUAGUUUUAGAUAACAAUAAUUGUUUAGUCGUAUUAAAAAUCUCACUUUUAUUUCAUAAUCUUUAGAAAUGCAAUGUGUUCAAACAAUUUCGUAACGAAAAAAAUGUUUGAUUGCUGCUUGCUCAAAUAUUCCGAAUAGUCAAACAAAAAUACUACUCAACAACGUUUCACGUUUCGCUUAAAUCUAGCAUUUCUCAUUGAUUUCCGGGAUAGCCUUGAACAGGUCUGCUACCAGACCAUAAUCGGCCACCUGGAAGAUUGGUGCCUCUGGGUCCUUGUUGAUCGCAACGAUCGUUUUGGAAUCCUUCAUACCGGCAAGAUGCUGGAUGGCUCCAGAAAUGCCCACCGCAAUAUACAGCUCCGGGGCCACAAUUUUACCGGUCUGGCCGAUUUGCAAGUCAUUUGGCACAAAGCCGGCAUCGACGGCGGCACGCGAAGCUCCAACGGCAGCGCCCCACUUGUCGGCCAGAUCGUACAGCAUUUUGAAAUUGUCACCCGAUUUCAUUCCACGUCCACCGGAUAUGAUGAUCUUGGCAGCCGUCAGCGAGGGUCGGUCCGAUUUCGUUAGCUCCUGGCUGACGUAUUGCGUCAGAUCAGUCUUGUAGGAACCCUCCGGGGCUUUCUCGACGGCUCCACUUCCACCGGCGCCCGCUGCUUCGAAGUUCGUUCCACGGAUGGUAAUCACUUUCACUGGGUCCUUGGAUUUCACCGUUUGGA